AUGGAAAUAGGGCUACAGAUGGAAUUUUGUAUGCAUAAAGAUGGAACCUUGAGAUUUGGAGAGAGGUUGUGUGUGCCUAAUGAUUUAGAGCUCAAGAGAGAAAUCCUAAGAAAAGCUCACAGUUUAGGGUAUACUGUACAUCCAGGGAGCACUAAAAUGUAUAAAGACUUGAAGAUGAACUUUUGGUGGAAUAAUAUGAAGAGGGAAAUUGCUCAGUAUGUUGCUCAAGGUUUGGUAUGUCAACAGGUGAAAGUUGAACAUCAGAGACCUACAGCUUUUAUGGUAGGGUUCUCCUUAGAGAGGUUUGCAAAAUUGUAUAUCAAGGAGAUUGUGAAGUUGUAUGGUAUUCCAGUGACCAUAGUGUCUGAUAAAGAUAGCAGAUUUGUAUCUAUGUUUUGGAGGAGUUUGCAUACAGCUUUGGAUACUAGUUUGAAUUUUAGCAUGACCUUUCAUCCUCAAAGUGAUGGACAAUCACCUAUUUGUUGGGAUGAUGUCGGUGAAAGGAAGUUGUUAGGGCCUAAGAUUGUGCAACAAACAGUGGACAAGAUCAAUCUUAUUAGAGAGCAACUUCGCACUGCACAGAGUAGACAGAAAAGUUAUGCAGACAACAGGAGACGCGAUUUGGUGUUUGGGGUUGGAGACCAUGUGUUCCUUAAUGUGUCUCCUAUGAAAAGAGUAAUGAGGUUUGGUGUUCGUGGUAAAUUGAGUCCUAGAUUUAUUGGACCAUUUGAGGUUUUAGAUCGAAUUGGAGAGUUUAAGGAGGAUUUGACCUAUGAAGAACACCUUGUAAGAAUUGUUGAUAAGAAGGAGCAGGUUUUGAGGCGUCGAGUCAUCCACUAUGUUAAGGUUCAAUGGAGUAAUCACUCGGAAAGAGAAGCUACUUGGGAACUUGAGGAUGAAAUGAGACAAAAGUAUAAACAACUUCUUGAGACUACAGGUUAA